AUGGAAAGAGGAGAAAGCUCCGGCUCCCACCAUUCCACCGGAGAUGUCAUUUGGGCUAAACUAGUGCCACUGGAUUCGAGCUACUUGGACAUCGAGUUGCGGUCAACUGAGGUGGUAGUCUGCUCAGAGAUAAAGAGUUCUUUAAGUGAAAAGCAAGAAUGGUGCAAGAUAACUAGGGAAAAGGAUCAAAGUUCGGCCAUAAUACAGAACAAGAGUUUUGAUCCAAUCCUUGUUGAUGGCUCGGUUGUUCACAAAGAUGAUACGGCCAUCAUAAGAUGUGGCAGUGAAAUUAUCCUGGGUCCUGAGGCUGAUGGAUAUAUGAGGUAUAUGUUUAAAGUAAUGCCUAAAGAGGAGCCUUGCAAGAAGCAGCUGAAGAUCCUUCUAGACCCCGAGCAUGCCAAAUGCUCUAUAUGUUUAAAUGUUUGGCAUGAUGUUGUGACUGUCGCACCCUGCCUUCACAAUUUCUGCAAUGGAUGUUUCUCAGAAUGGUUGAAAAGGUGUCAAGCGAAACGUUCUAGUGUUUUAUGUCCUCAAUGCAGAGCAGUUGUACAGUUUGUUGGAAAAAACCAUUUUUUGCAUAGUAUUGAAGAGGAUAUACUGCAGUCUGACUCUUCUCUCAGGCGCUCAAACGAAGAGAUUGCAGUUUUAGAUUCAUGUUCAUCAAUCAAGUCACCUCUUGUUGUUUGCAGUGGACAAAAACUAAAGCGGAAAAGGGCUCGUGUGUUACUUGAUGAGGAGAAUGAUAGAGAUUUUCCAUGCCCACAAUGUGGCACUGAAUACUCUGGUUUCCGGUGCAAUGAGAGCACUGUUCAUCUUCAAUGCCAAUCAUGUGGUGGAAUGAUGCCUUCCAGAUCAAAUGUUGCUGUGCCGCAACACUGCCUAGGAUGUGAUCGAGCGUUUUGUGGUGCCUACUGGCAUGCUCUGGGAGUCGCCCCUUCUGAGGCCUAUCCUGCAUGCAGUCCUGAUGCUUUAAAACCUAUUGCUGAUCGUACCAUAACAAGGAUACCCUUUUUCGCGCACGAAAAAAAUAGGCACGAACAAGAUAUAACAGAAAAAUGUAUCAGGCAGAUGGGAAGAUCCUUUCAAGACGUGGUUUCAGAAUGGAUAAGAAAAUUUAGCAACAGAGAAGUCGAUAGAACCCGGCUUCCAUUGAAUCACCCUGAUAUGAUUACUUCUCAGACACACGUUUGCAGUGAGUGCUACGAGAAAUUAGUCUCAUUUCUCUUGUACUGGUUCCGGAUCACAUUGCCAAAACAUUUAUUACCUCCAGAAGCAGUGGAGAGGCAAGACUGCUGGACCAGGCUUGAGUCCGGUGCCUCAGGCUCCCCGAUUCCAGCUGCCCCUAGCAUUAGGACAUCGGAUCCUUCCGAUAGUUGUGGUCACUCGGCGGCGACCACCGGCGGUGGCGGUGGGGGAGGGCGUAGUGGUGGUGUGAGAGGCUGUUGGCUCGGGUUUCCUGUUGUGGUCAGGGUGCGCAUCCGUUGGCUUGAGGAUGGGGCUUCAUGUCCCUGUCUUCGUUUGUUCGUUUGUUUGGCCAUCAGUGGCCUUUGGACUUCUGCAGGCGGUGGGUGUGGCAGGGAGGGCGUAGGUUCCGGUCUUCUCGUGUUGCCUAGGGUGGUACUUCAUGAGAAAUUUGGUUCCUCAGUCUGGGUCGAGUCAGCCUGA